AUGGAACAGAGAGGCACAAAGUCAAGGCAUGCAAGUCAGGGCCGGGGAUCGGGAGAGGGCCACGCUGUGGCCGCUCCCACUCAGCGCCUGCUCCCCAGAACAGAGGCCCAGAGGCCGAGUUGGCCGCUCCACCCUUGUCCCCCGCCUGUCCUCCCACUUUUCCCCAGUUAUAUCUCUGGGACUUCCAGGCGCGGACUCCGCGCCCAGAAGCGGCGGCGGGGGGAGCUAGAGGCUCACGGCGAACCCUGGACGCUAGGAGGGCAAGCCGGCCCCACAGAGUUGAGCUGGGGUGGCCCCUGUGUGGACCCCGAGGCGCGCUCGCUGCCCGCGGAGCCCCGACGGGGACAAGGAAGUGGGGGGGCGGGGGCGGAGGAGACUGAACUGCCGAGAGGGCGCGGCGCCCAGGCCCUGCGGGUCGGCACGGGAUUCACUGAGUCUGGGCGAGAAACAAGGCGCGGCCGGCCAAGCCGUGGGGCCGGGCCCCUCUCCGUGCGAUUCCGCCGAGCGCUCCCUCCAGGGUCGAGGUCAGGCCGCAGUCCCACUGGGGUCCUGCAGGCAUCCCCGAAAGCUCUCGCGGCCUGGCUUGGCCUAGCAGCUCGGUCGGACCAACUCACUGCGGCUCAGCGGGACCUGGGGCCGCGGCGUGCGCCUCUCCCGGCGCACAGGCGCUCCCUUCCCGCGGACCCCUCGGGCGCGCGCUGGACUGCUCCCGCCAGCCCGGCAGUACAAGCCGGCCUGGCCUGGCUUGGUCCCGCCAGUCCGGAUGGUGGCCUCUUACGGAGGGCGGACUCCCAGCAGAGUAGGCGAUUCUGGGGAGCCUCCGGUUGGCAUUCCUGGGAGCUCGCGCUGCGCGGACUCGACUCGGACCCUCAGGGCGCUGGGGCGAUGCGCAGCCGAGAAAGGCCUGCCCGAGAGGGAGGGGUGGGGACGAGACGAGCAGAAGGGGACAGAAGAAGCGGGUGGACGAAGGAGGGGGAAGGAAAAGAGGGAGCAGCGCGGGACAGGCAGAGAAAAUGGGCUAGAGAAACCGCCGAAGAAAAAGAGGGGAGGGAGUUCCCUGGGCUUGGCUCUCUGGCUGGCAAGCGCCUCACAGGACGAUGGCCGGAGCUCGCCAAACUCUUCCUGCCUGCCGCUUACCCCAGGGCUGGCUUCCAGACCAAGGAAAAACCUAAGGUGUAUCAAGGUGUCCGGGUGAAGAUCACCGUGAAAGAGUUGCUGCAGCAGAGAAGGGCACACCAGGCAGCCUCAGGGGGAACUCUGUCGGGAAGCAGCGGUAUCCACCUUGCAGACCCAGUCGCACCAUCUUCUGCAGGACUGUAUUUUGAGCCUGAACCGAUUUCUUCCACACCCAAUUAUUUUCAGCCCCGAGAAUUUUCCAGUUGCAUUUCUUGUGACGAAAACCCAAGCUGCCUCGAACAGAUUUUCGAUUCCUACCUUCAGACAGAGACACAUCCGGACCCUUCGCUCAAUUCCAUGCAAAGCACAUCACACUAUUUCCCAGACAGCUUCCAGGCUACCCCUUUCUGCUUUAACCAGAACCUGACCCCAGGAUCGUCUUCAGAUUCCUCCACACUCUCUGGCUCCUUAGACUACAGUUACUCGCCAGCUCAGCUGCCUUCAUACGCCCCAGAGAAUUACAAUUCUCCCCCUUCUCUGGACACCAGAAACGGUGGGUAUCCCUCAGAAGACUACUCCUGCCAUCACUUGCCCUCGCACACCCAGUACAACUGCUUCUCCUCAGCCCCCGCCCCGGUCUGUUACUGUGCGUCCUGUGAGGCAGAGCACUUGGACAGCAUUCGGGCAUCAGAGUAUUUUUCGUAUCCCAGCACAGACUAUGUGGACUUUGCUUCCUCUGCAGCAGCGGCCAGUGAUUUCUAUAAAAGGGAAACAAACUGUGACAUCUGCUAUAGUUAAUAGAGAUGACAUUAAUUUGGAGCAUGGCAGGCAUUUUCACCCAAUUUUCCUACGACAGCUAGUUGACAGCUUGAAAUAUGCAACCCAUUCACAAAAUAUCCCAAGUGCAGUUGACGUGCCAACAUUCAAUGUUCUGAUGCUAACUUAGGAAUUAAUACAAAGUCCUCAAACCCGGUCACACUGCCGCUCCUACUUUGUACACUUAGAGUUAAAAUAUUUUAUAGGGAACUUUCAGUUGUCUUACUUUUCUCUAUAAUGAACAAAUUUUCAUUUUUUUACUAAUAAAUAAUUUUGUAUUAUUAAAUGUUGUUUGUUUGUUUUCUAGUAGUAGUUCCCAGUUGGUUUGAAUAUCAUCAAUUAAUUCUGGAAAUCACGAAUUACAAUUCAGUGGUUU